UUUAUAGACAUUCUUAGAAAGGAAGUAGGAAGUAAAAUACAAUUUUCAGAAAAAAAGAGAGUAAAAAUCAGGUUUAUUGAGUAACCCUUUUGUAGACAGUCUUGAUGAUAGAAAAGUUGGUGUCUUGGAAUAGUUUGCAUAUAUUAGCGAAGGACAGCCAGAAAUGGCAGUGUCAGGACGCAAGUUGUCAGAUUUUCAAGGCUCAGUAUAUUUAGGAUCAGCAGAGGACUUUGAUCACAGUUGCCAGCCUUGUCUUACCAUUGGUCAGCAUGUAGGAGCUCACGGUUUUUGUGUGGAAUGCCAGGAAUAUCUAUGCAAAACUUGCUUUGAGUGUCACAAGAGGACAAAAGCUUCACGAAAUCACCAACUUCUUGAUAAAGACAACGUUGGUAAACAUGCCAUUUCCAGUAAAGAUUCUGAGGAAUGCACAGAAAAAUGUUCAGUGCAUAAAAAGGAAAUAAUCAAAUUUUUCUGUCCAACACACAAGGCUCUUGGCUGCAAUGACUGCAUCAUCUUGGAUCAUCGGACAUGUAAGAUUGAUUACAUACCCGAUAAAUGUGCAGAUAUAGGGGACAGUGAGGAAUACAGGGAUAUCAUGAAGAAACUUAGCGAGAAAAUGAAAGAUGCCGAGGAUAUCAUGAAGAAAGCUGAAGUAAGAGAUAAAGAAAUAGAUAAUUGCCAUGCUGGUAUUAUCAAGGAAAUCCUCAACUUCAGGAAGGAAAUAAAUGAACGCCUGGAUCAACUGCAACAAAAAAUUCAGAAAGAUGCUGACAAAAAGAAAUCCAACGAUAAAAUAAUAAUUAAGAUGGUACUUGAUGAAUGUGCAAAUAUCUCUUCUGAUAUCAAGAAAUUACAGUCAAGUUUACAGGCUGACAAAUCGUCACGACAGAACGGGCAACUUUACAUCAACAUUAAACGUGCUGAGUCUAAAUUGAAGUCAGAAGAAGUGCAGAAGGCAGAUGAAAAUCUAGCGAAGACAAACAUACAGUACUCAUUUGAACGGAAUACUGAUCUUGAAAAUAUGCUGUCCAAACAAAGUGUAUUUGGAACGUUAAACCUCAGUGCCAGCUUCGUCACGUCGACAAAGAAGAAACAGAUUAAAACCCUAACGCACAAAGAAUAUAUAAAUGUAAAAACAAAGUCAGAUUCCGAUAGCUAUUACUGCUAUAUCACAGGAUGUGCCAUCUUACCUUCUAACAAACUUGUACUGGCUGAUAACAGUAAUUGCAAGCUGAAAGUUGUAGACAUACAGAGUAAAACUUUGAUAGAAGAGAAAAAACUUGGCUCCAGCCCAUGGGACAUUGCUGAAUUGCCCCAGGACCAGAUUGCAGUAACAGUACCAGGAAACAAAGAAAUUCUUAUAAUGAAAACAGUUGGUAAACUGUCAACUGUCCGCAAGAUUCCAGUUAAAUGUGAAUGCGAUGGUAUAUUUUAUCAUCAAGAUCACCUCUAUACACAUUGUAAGAACCCUAACAGUGUACUUGUACUGGAUACACAAGGUAAUGUCCAGAACACAAUCUCCCUGAAUAAUGACAUAUUUAAUGACCCCCGAUAUAUUGUGGUAAGUGAGGAUUCCAGACAUAUCUAUAUCAGUGACAAUGAUAGCCACUGUAUAGUCAGUUUAACAUUUCAAGGUGAUGUAGCAGCUGUAUACAAACACGAGAAACUUGGUAGACCAGAGGGAAUGGUGAUGUUAGAUGAUGGAUCAUUGCUGGUGUGCUGCUGCUUGAGUGGAACCAUUCAUCAUAUAUCAGGAGACUUGAAGCAAGGUCAGAUAAUGAUAGAUGGUCUAUCUUCCCCAUGGUCUAUACCACAGUCUAUAUGCUACAGUCAUCAUCAUGAUGAAGUCUAUAUUGGCUGCUGGAGUGAACAGCUGAAAGUGUAUAGUAUGAAAUGAACAAUCACAACAACAAUAUCUAAGUAAAUUGAUCAAGUAAAUAACGAUAUAAAUGAUAUAUAACUGUCUAUAAACUGUAUAAAGAUAAACUGAAACACAAUUUCAGGUUUCUAAUUACAUUUUGAUUUGUCAAAACAAAGAAAUAAUUUGAAAUAAAUGUUUCAAAAUAUUUGACUUCUAUGCAAAACCAUUCUGUACACAAAAUGAUUACACAAAUGAAAAUAUAAAAGCUAUUAAUUAGAAAUAUCAUUUAAAGUUAUUAUGCAAUUUGCUUUUUUUCAUGUAACCUCAUAUAUUUAGCUCUAACAAAUGUAUUAGUAUGAUAUCUGUGUUUUAUUGACUUUGAAUAUCUAAACUGAAUUAGUUUUUUCGUCAGUUUACAACUGUUAGAUAUAUCUAUGAUUUAUUACCUUAUUAGUCUGAUUUUGACUCUUCCAGCAAAUUUAUCUUCUUACAGAUUUUAUUACAACCGUCUUUUUGUCCAUGAAGUCUUUUUUUUUAAAUAGGCUAUCAUUGGUAAAUUUAUUCUGAAUUGAUAUUUUAAUGAAGAAAUUACGGCGCUUUGUGUACAUACCCUACUGUAAGAAAGAGUACUACAAAGAAUUAAUGUAAAACUUUAACAUGUAUAAACCUUUACAACCUUUAUAGUUUCUGUACUGACAAGGGAACACUCAUUCCCGUUACUUUCAGAACCUAUUGGAAGCCUAAAGUCUACCAAGUUACACUAUUAAAUCUUUUAAUUGAAAAUGAGAUAAAAUGAGAUUACCGUGGCCGUAUAAAUUCUGUAUUAAAUCUUUCAUUGACCUUGCUCCUUCAAAAAAUCAUUAUUCCAGUUCCGUAGACUGACCUUCUGAUUGACCUUGGAAAACCUAUUACAGUUUUCACUUCUGUACAUAUUUAACAAUUCUCAUUUUGAUUACAAAUAUGAUAAUCAGACUUGGGAUUCAACUUUUUUUUUUCAUUUCUUCUGAAAAGGCAUUUAAGAAUAAAAAUGUCUUCUAAUCUUUCCUCUUUUGACCAUUAAAGUUUUGUUUCAUAUGUACACUGUACGACAGUUGCACACCCAUCGAUUUCAGGUUAUUUCAUAUGCACAAAUCUGACGUCACUCACACGUUGAUGCUGAGUUAUAUCAUAUGUACGGAAUGUGUCAUGUACUUUAAUGAAAAACAAGCGAAUGAAGUAUUUCCAUGCAAUACAAAGUCCCCUACUGGAAGGUAUCUAAUUUUCUCUACAUGAAACAUAUCUGUCAUAGUGCAUAAAGGUAUAAUAUCGUACUAUAUAUACAAUAUUUUAUAUUAAAAUUUUGCAUAUACAAAA